UACAGAUGCCGUGUUUGUUACCGUCUUCAAGAACUCGAAUCUUGGUACCGACAUCUGUGGCCACCGACCGGCCGGCGAUGGCGUCUCUGCUUUUAGAACAGCAGGAGAGGCUCCGACAAGUGGUCGACGAAUGCCUCGUCCGAAGCAACGCCUUGCUCGCCGACCUAUGCGGCGACCCCUUCGAUUCCGCUUCGUCCUUGCCGGCCGCUUCCGGUUCCGAUCCGGUUCGCCUCCACGUCGAGCCCGUCGAGCACUCCCAUCUCUCCUUGCUCCUCCAAUCCGAUAACGUCGCCGUCUCGAAGUUCGUCAUGGUCCUCUCCUACGACUGCAUCGAGAUCUCCAAUCUCAGCAAUCUGGCUUCUAGGAACUUGUACCGCCAGUUGCACUUGUUCGGCCAUCGAUCGAGUCCGCAGGAGGUGCUUCUUGAAGGGGAGCCGCAGAAGGCGUUUGGAGAAUCGCUGUCUCUGUUCAUGCAAUUGCGUGAAACCACGAUCAGGAUGAGGGACGUUUUGGGGAAUUUGCUGCAGCAGCUUAAUUCCGUCUAUUCUCUUCGUGACAAGAACGUCCGGCCGUUGAACUCGAUCAAGAACCUGAAACUGAGGACAGCCUUUGAAGCACUCGGGGAGGGUCUCGCCGUCUUUCUUAUCUUAGACGAAAUCAUAAAGCAGAAUGCGCAUAUAAAGAGCUACUUGUCUCUUUUCUCAAGGAUGCUUAAUAAGGUGAAAUUGGAACUUGACACCUUUGAUAUAAAUGUUGAGGACCUAGACUUAAUAGAUCAAGUUGUUCGCGAUAUUGAGAAGCUUCUUGAAGUUAGCUUCUUUCAGUGGUUACUGCACAAGGAAUCAUCUUGGCAGGCGACAAUGGAACAAGUCAAGGACAAUAAGAGAUUUAUUGAUGGAUGUUUUUCUUGCAUCCAUGAGGGUUUACUAGAAGUUCUUCCAAGACUUGGUACUUGGAAGGAACUACCACUUGAUCGAUGGAAGAUAAUGCAGCAUAUGGCUCUUUUUAUAUUUUCUACAUAUGCCUCUGCUUUAACUCCAGAGAAGAAAAUAGGAAAGGUUCUCUCAGAUAUGCUCCUUCUCGUCCCUCUCAUCUAUGUUGGGGGAGGCAAGAGAAUUAUAUUAAUUGACGUGCUGAAAGACCAAUGUCCUUCGUCAAUAUCCACUUGGCCUUUCAUGAGAGAAGCCAUAAGGGAUCGAAAUGUCUUGAUUAGCAACUACCUCAAGCGAAUAAGUGAAGCUCAUUCUAGGGACUGGCAAGCAAUUAAAGAUGCACUCUCUUCUUGGAUAGCCUCUUUCCACUCAACCGUUCAUCCUUCGGCAGAGAUGUUAAGUGAAGGAUGGCUGCGGCUUCAUCUGCAAAAGACUUUGCAGGGAAUAGUCUUGGCAAAUAGACUGCAGUUGCUUAUUCUCUCCAUAGUCGACUUACAUGCAUUACUUGAGGUUCCUAUCAAGAGAGAGAAACUUAAGUCUCUUUGUCAUAUGAUUGUUUCUUUGAAGGUUUUGGGUCAAACCUUCCAAAGUAGAGGGCCUGAUAUGAUCCGAAGUCUCCCGCAUAUUAUAAACAUUAUUCAAGUAGAUAUCGAACAACUUAUAUCGCCUUCUAAGUAUAAGCUACAAGCUGAAGUAGAUAAGGGGGGCCAAAUGAGCAAAUUGGGAUUUUUGAAUUCAUUGGCACGUGGUAGCAAAGAGACAGACACAAAGCUUAUAGAUUCUCUUUCAUUGGUUUCUAUGUCCUUGCAAAUGCUUCAAGGAGGAGGUAGUCGUCAAAGACAUCUUAUACUCUUGAACACUUUGAAUGUUCUACAAAGCAUUGGCUCUUUGGAUCUUGAUCUUUUAAGGGUUGGAAAGUUGACAUUGAAACUUGGGACAGUAGCAAACUUUCAUAAUAUUAUUGCUGAUGUUAUGGAUUGUAGCUUCUUGUAUUGGAGAAGGGAGAUGAUGGGAAAUCUCUUCUCCAUGGUUUAUAUGGAUGUCAAAAGAUUUCCAUGGAUACAGUAUCUUGUUGAUGCAUUUUCAGAUGGACUAAGGCUUCUUAAGCUUGGGCAUGUCGGCAAACUUACUCUUGAAGCAUAUGAAAAACAAAUUGAAUAUGGUGUGAAAAAUGAAAUUGUUGGCCCUCUUUGUAGAGAUAUUGAGACUGAUCUUCGCCUUCAUGUUCAUUCAACUUAUUUAAAAGGAUCUGUGGUUGUAAACCCAACGAAGACUGGUGUGCGGAAUCUUUCUUGGUACUUACAGAUCAAACCUUUGCUACUCCCUUCCAAGUUGAUUGAUAUAAGUUCACUCGUUGGGAGUUAUUUGAGUUCUGCCUUCUAUAAUCAUUCGACUAUGUCGACAUAUGACAGGAAGAUAUACUUAGAGAUGCAGCUGCUAGCUGGGCUGAAAUAUGGUUUAUUGUUAGAUGAUAUCCAUUUUGUUGGGAAUUCUGUGGCUCACAACAUUGACAUUAAUGAAAUAGUCCAAGAUCUCCAUGCAUUUGUGGAGAAUUAUUCCUAUAACAUUUAUAACCAGGUAUUUGUCGAGAACGUCCCAAAAGGUCAGAACAAGAAGAACUUAAGGUUGAUCGGUGUGGAAGACAUUGCUCGUUCAAUUGCUAUUCAUAGUCUAAGCAGAAUAUGCAAGGCUUCAGAUUCAGUAUCUCAAUUACUAAAGCAGAUGUUUACAAUUUUAUCUCAGUUGCUUCAAGAUAAAUUUUGGACAGGUUCAUCAAAAGAUCACAUCUUCUUGAAGAAUGACAAGGAAUUAGCAAAUGAAUACCCUUUUUGGCAACAAGCAGAACCAAGAUUUGCUUUUGGAAAAUUUGCAUUGGGAGAUAUUGGAGUGAGCUUCCUUGAACAACUCCAAUUUAUCAUGAGGAAGAUUGGUAAUGCUUUAGGACUCAUGAGAAUUCUUCAAACUGGAAGUUCCCGCCAUUGCUGCAACAUUUCUCGAUUCACCAUUGACAUGAGCUUUGCGGAGAGUUAUCUGAAACUUGGUUUUGACGGUGAAAUUCUUACUGCUGGAAGGAUGGUUGAUAAGGCAAUAGUGGAAAAUUAUGAGCCUGAUGCAAGAAUAAAAUCUUUUUCUUCUUUUAUAACCACAUUUAUAGAAGAACAUGAGUUUAGCAAGGAUCACAAUAUGAAAGAUUUGUUUCAGAUGUUUCCUUCUGUUAUAAUAAACUUGGUAAAUUCGAGAGUUCGUCACAAGGAUAAGCUGUUGGUGAAGGAGCAUGAUUCUGGAAGUACUCUUUACAUGCAUGAUAGUUUCUUAAUGGGAAUUGCUUUUUCUCUUAAGGUAUUAGGGCAAGAGAGGUCGUUUGAUGAACUUGACUGGUUUGCUUCUACUAGGAAGAGCCUUGAAGAUAGAAUAUCUUCGCUGGAAGGUAGUAGCAAGGUUGAAGAGAACGGCAAGGUGGGUAGCCUUGCUCGGUUGAAUCUUUGGAAGCAGUCUUCAUCUAUUCCCAUUGAAAUCCAGAAGGAUUUGGAUGAAUGUAAGAGAUACCAAAAGGAAAUUGAGUUCGUAGAACAUGUCCUCAAUAUUUCCAGGACAUUAAUGUCAUGAGUGCACACAAUCAAUAGCAAAAAUCCCAUCUCUCCUCUUAUUUUAAGGUAAGUUAAAAGUAAUAAUUGUGUUACGGUAUGCUUUUCAGCUCCAUUUAGGACUUCUUUUUGGCAUUAUAAAAGUAAUAAUUGUGUUACGGUAUGAUAUAAGAAAAUUUUGUACUAGAAAAUUUUAUACAAUUUCUUUGGUUUAAUGAAUUAUUUGAUAUAUC